AUGGGUUCCUCGAGUUCCAAACAGAAACAUCCCACCUGGGGUCCCGGUGGAAACCCGUCAAAGACUCAGCAACCUGGUAGAUUCCCGCCGGCCAGCUCAAUUGCCGUCGCGCCUGUCACUCAUACCGGCUCAGCCCCUUUGUGGAGUGACAAAGGCUCCUCGCAACACAACGACUUCUAUCGCAACAACACACAGCACCUCCGAACGAAUGGUGCCCUAGAUGUGUCCAAAAUGCCCCCGACGGCACCGUUCCGUGCGCAGUACGAACACGGAAAGCAUCUUGACGACCGAGCCCAAGCUCUGGAUAAGGAAAUGAAACCGUACAAAAAGACUGCCAACCCUCAGGGCAAGGCGGAAAAGAAACGCGGCAACCCGAAAUAUGGUGGGAAUCCACCGGAAACUCGCGAAUGGCAUAAUGGGGCGGCUGAACGCCUAGAAGAAGCCGGGCGGACAUGGAAGGCGGGCAGGAGACGCGCGGCAGAAGACAGCGCAUGA